UCGGCUCGGGUAUAAAGGCCUCGGUGGAGCCCGAGAGACACUCACACCUCGGCCACCCACUCUCAGCUCAGCUCCACCUCCGCCUCCGUCUCCGCCAUGACCCGCCACUUCGGCUGCAACAGCUUCUACGCCGCCAACUCGGGCCUGUACCCGUACGGCGGCUACCCCAGCUACGGGACCAACUGGCACGGGUCGUUCCGCCCCAGCCCCCUCAACUGCAUGGUGCCACUGGGCAACCCGCUCAACUACGGCUUCACCGGCUACGGCUCCCUGGGCUUCGGCUUCGGCGGCAGCAACUUCAACACGCUGGGCUGCGGCUACGGCGGCAGCGUCUUCCGGCCCUGGGGCUCCAACUCCGGCUACGGUUACAGCACCUACUGAGCUGGGGCACGGUCCAGCCUCUGCCCAGUUCUGGCCCUGAUGGAGCUCCCCGCCGAGUCCCCGGGGGGUCUCCCUCCGCCCCCUCCUUCCUCCCCGUCCCACGUCCCGGCCGCUGAGGCCGAGGCCACCCCACGCCUCCUGCGGCUCUGCGGAAGUGGCGGCGAUAUCCCUCGCCUCCCUGGGGACGCUGCCACCCCGCUGCCUUGGAGGCGAGAGGUGGCUUCGCUGUUGGACU